UGUUGCCCAACCAAAGCAGAGUCUUCGAUUUGCCAAGAAUCACUUCACCACUACUACAACUACUGAACCCAGCAUUGCUGUUCUUGCUUGGAUCUUUCUUCUUCGGUGCUGAUAGUCAAUUUGCCACGCCGCCGCCGUGGAAGUGGUGAAAUCUCAAACAGGAGCUUAGUGAACCAGUAAUUAGCACAAGUAGAGAUGGAUCAGCUGUCAAAUUCCUUUUCAUUGCUUGAGUUGGAUGCUGAAGAUGCCAGGGGACAGAGUUCAAUUGUCACGACUGCUGCUGAUAGUUGUGAACUACCAGAUAGUGAUAAAGGAAUAGAGGAUGUUUUAGAAGAUGGAAACUGGUCGAGGAAUGAGAACGCGGAUGAACAAACCUUGGAACCGAUUCCCAUUGAGUACAAGAUGCCACUUGUUUGGAUUGACCUGGAAAUGACCGGUUUGAAUAUUGAAGUUGAUAGAAUUUUGGAGAUUGCUUGUGUGAUUACAGAUGGAAAUUUAACCAAGUCAAUUGAGGGUCCGGAUUUGGUUAUUCAUCAAACAAAGGAGUGUCUUGAUAAAAUGGGAGAAUGGUGUCAAGAGCAUCAUUCAGAAAGUGGUUUAACAGAGAAGGUUCUUCAAAGUACAACAAGUGAACAAGAAGCUGAAAAGCAGGUUAUUGAAUUCGUCAAGAGACACGUGGGCACAUAUACACCUCUUAUUGCAGGAAAUUCUGUCUAUAUGGAUCUUCUAUUCUUAAGGAAGUAUAUGCCAGAAUUGGCUGCCCUUUUCUCCCACGUUCUUGUUGAUGUCAGCAGCAUCAAGGCAUUAUGUCUGCGUUGGUACCCAAGAGAAAAGAGAAAGGCUCCUCAGAAGGAAAACAAACACAGAGCAAUGGAUGACAUCAAGGAAAGUAUAGCAGAACUCAAGUUCUACAAGGAGAACAUAUUCAAAUCCUCCAAGUCAAAGAAAUGAUACAGAGACUCCGUUUAGGCUUUCGUCUCGGCCAACUAUCACCCACUGCGUUCCACGUAAACAGAUGCAUUUUCACCAACUUAUCUGGAUUGAGCAAUCUACUAUGGAUUAUUGUAUAUGGAUGUGGAUCGGAUAUGUAAAGUCCGUGAGAACCAGCAAACGACUGUUCAAGUGAAGCGCAAUGAAGCUGUUUCUCAAGAUAUGCAUCUAAUUCUUAUGUCUUGCCUGUAUAUACUUUUUCUUCGUCAGUUUUCUCCAGAAUACGACUUUAUGUUUCUUGUGAGUUUGGGAUGAUCUGUUUGUUACUCGCUUGUAAUUUUAAUAUUAUAUGAAGACAAAGUUUCUAAAACGAAUGUCUCAAUGAAGUUGUAGUUGCAUGCAUGCGUUGAGUCGAGCUUAUAAAAAUUCUUAAAAUUA